AUGCCGCCCAAGAGGAAGGCAGCAUCGGCCGUGCAGGGUGCGGUCAAGUCAGGCAGAGCCUCAGCUGCCUCAACGCCAGGACCGGCCACCCCCCGAGACCUCGAUAGUGACGAUGACGAUUUCGGUUCCCCUGGUCAGGUUGAUCUCCCGGCCGAAGAGGAUAUUCAGAGUGCGGUCGACCGUUUCUCUCUAGCACACUACCAAGACCAGACAGUACGGGGGCCGGUAGACGCCGCUAGCAGGCAUUUCGGCAAUGGCAGGCGUGACUUUUCGUACCUCAACCUCAAGCCGGAUCACAAGGACCGUCCCAUCUGGAUCGACCCGCAACGAGGGCGCAUUAUCCUCGAGAACUUCAGCGCGCUGGCUGAGACGGCCAAGGACUUCCUGAUCACGGUUGCGGAGCCUUUGUCUCGCCCGACCUUCCUGCACGAAUACUCCUUGACCACCCACAGUCUGUACGCUGCCAUCUCGGUCGGUUUGCAGGCGAGCGACAUCAUCGCCACCCUCGACCGUUUCUCCAAGACGGAGCUCCCGAGCUCGAUCCGCGCCUUCAUAGCCAACUCGACGUCCGCAUAUGGCAAGGUCAAGCUAGUCAUCAAGAACACAAAGUACUAUGUGGAAAGCAGCGACCCGGAAGUGCUGCAAAAGCUGUUGAAAGAUCCCGUCAUCGGGCCGUGCCGAGUCCAGGGAACCGAUAUCACCACGACUACUUCCAACAUGCAAAGUGUGGUUAUUCCGGGUACCUCGAAUGCGGCUGGUGUCCAACAGGUGAAGCCUAGCGACAAGUCUCAAGAAGAUGUCCCACCAGAGCAAGCUCAGCCGGAAAACGCCAUGCAGGCUCUCAGGGAGGACGACGAUGAUGACAACUCGGAGGCCGUGCAUGCUUUUGAGAUCCCCGACAGCGCGGUAGAAACCGUCCAGAAGCGAUGUCUAACCAUCCAAUUCCCGAUUCUGGAAGAGUAUGAUUUCCGCAACGACGACCGGAACGCAAACCUUGAGAUCGACCUGAAGCCAAACACGCAGAUUCGAUCUUACCAAGAGAAGAGUCUCAGCAAAAUGUUUGGUAACGGCCGAGCCAAGAGCGGUAUUAUCGUGCUGCCAUGUGGUGCCGGUAAGACGCUGGUAGGAAUUACCGCUGCAUGCACCAUCAAAAAGGGCUGCAUCGUCCUGUGCACGAGCACCAUGUCUGCCCACCAAUGGAGACAGGAGUUCUUGAAGUGGUCCAAUAUCCACCCCAAGGACAUCACUGUCUUCACCGCCGAAAAGAAGGACAAGUUUGAGGGAAACACGGGUAUCAUUGUGACGACGUACCCCAUGGUGACACAAUCUGGUAAGCGAGCAUACGACUCUCAGAAGAUGAUGGACUUCCUCACCAGUCGGGAAUGGGGUUUGAUGCUGCUCGACGAGGUUCACGUGGUGCCGGCCAACAUCUUCCGAAAGGUAUCAUCGCACAUCAAGAGUCACUCCAAGCUGGGUCUCACGGCCACUCUACUCAGAGAGGACGACAAGAUUGGCGAUCUGAACUUCCUCAUCGGCCCCAAGCUCUACGAGGCAAACUGGAUGGAGCUCUCCGAGCAGGGCCACAUUGCCAAAGUGCAGUGUGCUGAGGUGUGGUGCCCAAUGACCACCGAGUUCUACGAUGAGUAUCUCAGGACGAAUGAUCGGGGUCUGAAGGCAAACCUCUACAUUAUGAACCCGCGCAAGAUCCAGGCCUGCCAGUUCCUAAUCAACUACCACGAACAGCGAGGAGACAAGAUCAUUGUGUUCUCGGACAAUGUGUAUGCGUUGAAGGAAGUGGCCCUGGCGCUGGGCAAGGCAUACAUCUGUGGCGCCACCGGUAACAAUGAGCGCAUACGCAUUUUGGAGAAUUUCAUGUACAACCCCAAUAUCAAGACGGUAUUCUUGUCCAAGAUCGGUGAUACAUCACUUGAUCUUCCGGAGGCUACGUGCUUGAUCCAGAUAUCAUCACAUUACGGCUCCCGACGUCAAGAAGCGCAGCGCCUCGGACGCAUUCUUAGAGCUAAGCGUCGAAACGAUGAGGGUUUCAAUGCGUUCUUCUACUCGCUCGUCUCGAAAGAUACGACCGAGAUGUACUAUUCAACAAAGCGCCAAGCAUUCCUGGUCGACCAGGGCUACUCAUUCAAGGUCAUCACGCAACUAGCUGGUAUGGAGCAGAUGGAAGGCCUCGUGUUCAACUCGGCACAGUUGCGCCGUGAGCUGCUGCAGAAGGUUAUCGUCGACACAGAAGCCAAGCGUGGAAUGGACGAUGAAGAUGCCACCGACGAUCUCUUCUACGCCAAGGGCAGAAAGCGAGGCGUGAGGCGGACGGCGGGCACGCUUGGAGAGCUUAGCGGUGGCCAGGACAUGGCUUACAUUGAGCAGAGGAAGAGCGCCAACAAGUCCCUCAAGAAGAACAACAAGCAGAGCGACUUCUUCAAGAAACAUUAUAGGGACAUUGCGAGGAACAAGGCGAACGCACAGCAAUAG